CUUCAGUGUGAGAUUCUUGGAGCUUUCCCUAAACCUCUCCUCCAGUGGACGGACAGUUCUGGAAACAUCCUUCCUGCUGCAGAGCCUCAGGUCUCAGAGAGAGGAGGCAGCUACGACGUGAUCCUCCAAACUACUGUCACCAAAACAGACAGCUACAGCUGUGUGGCUUCACAGGAGGAGAUCUACCAUCAGACUAAACCUGCACACAUCUACGCAUCUCUCAGUGGUGCAGCUUCAGAGCCGUCUGUCACAUCAAUAAAGCAAACAAAGGACUGGUCUCUGCUUCAGUGUUUAGUUCGAGGAGCUUUUCCAAAACCUAAAGUGGAGUGGCAGGACAGUUCUGGAAACAUCCUUCCUGCUGAAAAGCCUCAGGUCUCAGAGAGAGGAGGCAGCUUUUACAUCACUCUCAACGCUAAUGUGACCAAAACAGACCACUAUCAGUGUGUGGUCACUCAGGAGGAGAUCUACCAUGAGAAUAGAGCUGAGAUAUCUGUCUAUAUCAGCGAUUCAGGGUCCCCCAUUGGAUGGAUUGUUCUCUCUGCAGUUCUCGGCAUUAUUGUAGUUGUUGGUGGUGUCGUUGUUUACAAGGGUUACAUCAAACUAAAUCAUCUUAACAAUGAGAUGGAGAAUCUUAAAAAGAAUGAAGAGAGAAACACGCCUGCUGCUGAUUCUUCAGCAGGUCCAAUGAUUUCAGAUCAUACCGUACCAUGAAGGUAACCAGCCUCACCUGUGCUGAAGUGUGUGUGUUUACACUGUA